UGCAGCCUUCGCUCCGACGUACGUUAUGAAGCGUGUACCUGGAUAAUUACUGUCAUCGCAGUUUUUGAAAGCGUCUUUCCUCAGCUUGGAUUCUAUUUAUAAUGCUUUUGGAUAUGUGCAAACGGGAUGAAGAAAGCUUUUUCCCUGUCCGCCGAAGUAAAAUAAAAUAGGGUUUCGUGUACGUUGGAGUUAAUUCUCUCAUUCCCUAUGAAGAAGUCAAAUAUUUGGAUACAUACCUGUGUCCAUUUAUUGCUUUACAUCACAGUUGCUGCCUAUUCCAGUAAAAUUGGAAACCCCAUAACAGAUGACAUCAAGAAAAUUUCGUUGCUGAAGCAGAAUAUACCAAAAGAUUACAACAUUACUGUACGUUAUUUACCAAAAGAAGUGAGUGGUAUGUGUUGGGUGAAGCUAAAUAUAUUCCACUUGGAGAAGAGCUUAGAUCUCCUGGCCAAUAAAUUUGGGAACAUUUCCUCCAACAAAGAUAAUAUAGGGACCUUAGUCCAAAUGUUGCGUGAGAUGCGAUAUUACAUUGGAGAUGACUUGGAGGAUGACAUGUUUAAUUUUGAGUGCCACUACAGAAAAGUGGAGUGGCUGACAGGGCGCUACUUCAAGUUUGUGGAAGACUUUUUCAACACUGCCAAUUCUUCACAGGAAGAUGGGGAGUGUGACCCUCCACCAUGUCCCACGACAAUAAAAACAACACCAACAAUAUCAGUGUCAACACAGCAUCAUUCAAAAGUUAGUUCUGAAUGGAACAGUACUGCAAAGGAAGGUGAGACAUUACCUAAAGCUGAAAGUGGAACUCGAACCAGGAAUCAGAUAUUCCUUCCAGACACUUUGGAGAGGGGUCUGCUCGCACUUCUCUUCAUACCUCUCAUCGCUGUGGGCUUCCUUCUAAUCUGGAAGGUGAAAUCCAGAAGAACUCCCUCCCCGUUGCAGAGGGAUAUGGAUGGCCCACCACUGUUUAUUGGAGUGGAGGCCAGUGCUCCACCAUUAGACGAUGAAAUGUCUGAAAAGAACAGAUUAAACAUCAGGGCAGUGUAAGUCAUCCUUAUCACUAUCAGACUGUACAUCAGACAAAAGGCAGCAAGGCAAGACCACACACAUCUCUUCCUCACACACAUCUCUUCCUCACACACAUCUCUUCCUCACACACAUCCUCUCAGCUGUGAUGGACAAGUACUGGCUGAAAACAAAGAACUGCCCACUGAGUUGCAAUGCUCUUUCUAAGAACAUUGAUUGGACCAUUUC